AUGUAUCACAGAGCAUUGCCCUUGACACUUUGGGUACUUAUGUUUAUAAGAGCUGCAGAAUCUUGUACUUCACUUUUCUACAUGACUGCGGUUGAAGGGGAACCUUUCUAUCUGAACGGCUGCUUAGAGUCACAGACUAAGAAUGACACUGCCACUAUCAGAUGGUCCCGAAGCCACGGAUCACAGGAACUUGUCAAACUAAACCUAAGCAGUUCACCCAGAAUUACUUUGCUUGAUGAUAUUUUGGAGUUUUGGCCAGUUGAAUUGGAUGACAGUGGUUUAUACACUGUCGAAAUGGGAAUUUAUACUAAGACAUGGAAUUUAAGUGUCAUCAGAAGAAAUGAACACAGCUGUUUUAGCGAAAAACGAGUAACUAGUACAAGCGUGGAAGUUGGAAAAUCUUUGCAGUUAUCUUGCAAUGAUGCAUACUAUGCAUACUAUGAGAAACGGGUGAAAAACAUAUCUAUGAUUAAGGACUGUGAAAAGCCACUCUCGGAUUCAUCGAUAAGCAAGAAUGCCAAGUUGGAAGAUCAGGGCUAUUACUCCUGUGUGUUUUCCCUUCAUCAUAAUGGAAAACUAUUUAACCUCACCAAAACCCACAAUGUAACUAUAGUCAAAGAUCACAGUACUAUAGUUCCAGUUAUUCUUGGACCAAAGCCUGACUAUGUUGAAGUGGAAUUAGGAAAAGAUGUACAACUCAACUGCUCUGCUUUGGGGAAUGAAGGGGAUUCCAUUUGUUGGGACUACCUCCCAAAAAAUCCACAUGAAGAAAAAACAGUGAAAAGUAGGACUUCAGAAGGCAAGUGGCAGCUUUCAAGCAUAUUGAGAAUUGUGAAUGUUAAUGAAAAUAAUCUAAAUGUUUCCUAUAGUUGCUCUGUGUACAACUUGGCAAACAUAGACACUAAACAGUUCAUCUUGUUGAAAAAAGAAAAUGUGGAUAUUCCAGGCCAUAUCUUCACGGGAGGAAUGAUUGUAGCUGUUUUGGUCUCGGUGGCAGUAGUGUGCCUGGUGAUUGUGUGUGUCAUUUAUAGAGUCGACUUGGUUCUAUUUUAUAGACAUUUAACAGGAAGAGAUGAAACAUUAACAGAUGGAAAAACAUAUGAUGCUUUUGUGUCUUACCUAAAAGAAUGCCCACCUGAGAACAGAGAGGAGUACACCUUUGCUGUGGAGAUUUUGCCCAGGGUGCUGGAGAAGCAUUUUGGGUAUAAGUUAUGCAUAUUUGAAAGAGAUGUAGUGCCUGGAAGAGCUGUUGUUGAUGAGAUUCAUUCACUGAUAGAGAAAAGCCGAAGACUAAUCAUUGUUCUGAGUAAAAGUUAUAUGUCUAAUGAAGUCAGGUAUGAACUUGAAAGUGGACUCCAUGAAGCGCUGGUGGAAAGGAAAAUUAAAAUAAUCUUAAUUGAAUUCACACCUCUUAGGGACCUCACGUUCUUGCCUCAAUCACUAAAGCUUUUGAAAUCUCACAGAGUUCUGAAGUGGAAUGCAGAUCAGUCUCCCCCUUACAACUCAAGAUUCUGGAAAAACCUUCUUUACUUAAUGCCUGCGAAAUCGGUGGAACUAGAUAGAGAUGAAACAGAAGUCUUGCCUGUUCUUUCAAAAUACUGA